AUAAAAUGCUAGCCAAUCACUGCAGAAGAGCAAUCUAUAAUAAUGUCAGAAGAAGCUUCUCAUCCCUUGUGGUCGCAGAGCAAUUUGAAGGGAAGCUUGCAGACAACGUCACUAAUGUAGUAGGAGCCGCCUCCCAAUUUGGAGAGGAUGUUCAUGUUUUACUUCAUGGAAAAGAUCCUGAAUCUCAGUUAGAUGGGUUGUCAAAGAUUUCAGGAAUCAGCAAAGUCAUUUUGGCGAAACAUGAUGAUCUUGAAAACCCAACAGCAACUGAUUUGGCAAAUGUGGCCCAAAAGGCUUUAACUGAUGGAGGAUAUAAGAGAUUAUUAACCCCUUCCACUAAUUUUGGCAAAGAUUUCUUGCCAAGAAUUGCAGGAAAAAUAGAUUCUCAGCCAAUUACAGAUGUGAUUAAAAUUGAAUCAGAGAAUGUAUUCCAAAGACCAGUCUAUUCAGGAAACUUGGUGAGCACUGUUGAAUCUAGUGAUGAUAUUAAGCUGAUAACAGUCAGAUCGACAAACUUCGAUACAAGCCCAGAGGGAGAACUCAGUGCUCCUACUGAACACCUCGAUGUUUCUGACUGUGUUGGAACCUCAGGAUAUACAUAUGAAUUUGUAGAGAAUAUUGUCGAAAAGAGCGACCGACCAGAACUCACCUCAGCCAGCGUUGUUGUGUCAGGUGGAAGAGGAAUGAAGAAUGGAGAAAAUUUCUCAAUGCUUUAUGAACUUGCUGAUGUACUAGGAGAUGGUGCUGUAGGAGCCUCAAGAGCAGCAGUUGAUGCAGGAUUUGUCCCAAAUGAACUUCAGGUUGGGCAAACUGGAAAAGUAGUUGCUCCCAAUCUUUACAUCGCUGUUGGAAUUUCAGGAGCAAUUCAGCAUCUUGCUGGUAUGAAAGAUUCAAAGACUAUUGUUGCUAUCAAUAAGGAUCCUGAAGCUCCUAUCUUUGAGAUUGCUUCAUAUGGUCUUGUAGGAGACUUAUUCACAGUAGUCCCAGAACUCACAAAGAAGCUCCAGAAAUAAAUAGUAUCAACUUAAUUCUCUAAAUAUGGGGUUUUGGGGUUUUGG